CUCAGCCGUCAUGCGGUUAAGAUUUCCGUCUCCUAUCCCAGGUGGUCUCUCUGUGGCGCAAGUGCGCUCGACGAUAUUAUGUAAGAGCAUCCUAUUGUUUUCUUCACAAGCUGAGGAAUAGAUGCCUUCGACCCAACGAAAAUUCUCUCGAUCUAUUCUUCCGAACAGGUCUUCAUUUCGCAACGGGUAGCGUAACUGCUUUUCGUUCUCUUUUUAUACUGCGUCUAAACUGAAACAUCAGCGAAGGAAAACACAGAACUGCGCCGAUAGAAUCGAGCGAAAACAAAGCGAACUGCAAGAGUAGACCGGACAGCAUCCAAGUCACGACAAGAACACCCGGUUAUGAUGUUCAUUCCGAACAUUCCAAGGCUACGCGCGAGGAUGUUCGCUGUUCCUGAAACCGGCUGCACCCCCGUCCCCGCGUGCACGACGUUUCGGCUGCGCCAAUGUGGGCCCUAGCGGCUGAAAGUUGCAAGUGGUGGACAUAUCGCCCGAUUUUUGUGCUUCAGGUGCUCGAUGACAGGAACCAGCGGUUGAGCGCCAUGGGGUUUCUGAGCGGAGAUUAUGGCAAUACCAAGUGUCUUAGCAGAUCGUAGUGCCAAUGCCGAAGAUGGCUUAUCGUUCUCGACUCUGCAUUGUUGUGAUCCUGGUGCUCGACUUCCGACAUCUCCGACGGGUUUGUUCGACAACAUGAAUCUUGUGUCGACUUUGUUGGAUUACGACAGCAGCUAUUACCAAUGGAGACCCUCUCGCAAAGAGAUAUUGAAGAGCUGGAGGUGGACGUGGAGUGCGGCGGGGCGGCCGGCGGCACGACCGCGUCCAACCAGAAGAGCGUGUUCCUCGAGAAGGUCCGCCAGUCGACGGCCGCAUGCCAGGCUGGAGACUUCGCUACGGCCGCCCAGCUGUACAGCGAGGCGCUCGCCCUGGACCCAACAAACCACGUCCUCUACAGUAACAGAUCGGCAGCAUUGGUGCGCCUCGGCAAGUACGGCCCCGCACUUCAAGAUGCCAUCAAAGCCAGAGAACUGAACCCCCGUUGGCCCAAGGCCUACUACCGGCAGGGUGUUGCCCUCCAGUGCCUUGGGCGACAUGCAGAUGCACUGGCAGCAUUUGCAUCAGGGCUCGGUCAAGAUUCAAAGUCUGUGCAGCUGCUCGCUGGUCUUAUUGAGGCCGCCAUGAAAAGCCCACUAAGAGCUACUGUUGAGCCUACGUACAGGCAGUUACAGUCGAUGCGCCUGGACAAGUCCCCGUUUGUCAUGACAUCUGUAAUCGGACAAGAACUGUUGGCAGCUGGACACCAUGCUGCUGCAGUUGUUGUACUGGAGUCUGCUCUUCACAUUGGCACCUGCAGUUUGAAGCUCCGAGGCUCUGUGUUCUCUGCUCUGUCUUCUGCUUUCUGGGCAUUAAACAGGCUGGACCGUGCCAUUGCUUACAUGCAGCAGGAUUUGGCAGUUGCAAGAUCACUCGGAGACCAGGCUGGAGAAUGCAGAGCACACGGCAACUUGGGUGCGGCAUACUUCUCCAAAGGAAAUUACAAAGAAGCCCUCACGAGCCACAGAUACCAGUUGGUAUUGGCGAUGAAGUGCAAAGACAGCCAAGCAGCAGCAUUGGCUCUCACGAGUCUCGGACACGUGUAUACUGCAGUUGGAGACUACCCUAAUGCUCUUGCUAGUCACAAACAGUGUGUGCAGCUUGUGCGUCAGAUGGGAGAUCGCCUUCAAGAGGCUCGAGAGGUUGGCAACGUUGGUGCUGUCUAUCUGGCAAUGGGAGACUUUGAGCGUGCAGUGGAGUGCCACACAGAGCAUCUUCGACUGGCCAAACAAAUGGGCAACAGAGUCGAAGAGGCUCGUGCUUACAGCAACUUAGGAUCUUCUCAUCAUUACCGAAGAGCAUUUGAGCAGGCUCGCACUUUCCACGAGCAUGUCUUACGCUUAGCUCGGGAACUUGGAGAUCGUGCCAUAGAAGCUCGAGCAUAUGCUGGAUUGGGCCAUGCUGCACGCUGCAUGGGGGACUGCCAACAAGCACGACGAUGGCACGAAAAGCAGCUAGACAUGGCUCUGGCAUCAAAGGAUAAGGUGGCUGAAGGUCGGGCCUGCUCCAACCUGGGCAUCGUCUACCAGCUACUAGGCCACUUCGAGGCAGCAUUAAAGCUGCACCAAGCACAUCUCAACAUUGCACGGCAGCUGGGAGAUCGGGCAGGAAUGGGACGUGCCUACGGAAACAUGGGCAACGCCCACAGUGCCAUGGGGUGCUACGAACAAGCCAUUCAACUCCACAAGCAGGAGCUUACGAUUUCGAAGGAAGUCAACGACCGUAGCGCUGAGGCCUCGACACAUGGGAACCUGGCUGUUGCCUACCAGGCACUUGGGCGCCAUGAAAUAGCGUUACUGCAUUACCACAGUCACUUGAACAUUGCACGCGAGCUGAAAGACGCUGCGGCGGAAGCCUGUGCCCUGUGUAACCUGGGAAACUGCUACAGUUCACGAGGGGAAUUCGCUCAAGCGGUGCCGUAUUACGAAAAUUUCCUGCGCCUUUCCGAGGAGGUUGGAGAAGUGGAGGCUCAAGCUCGGGCCUGCCAUUUCCUCGGUUAUGCUCACUACUGCCUGGGCAACUACAAGGAUGCUAUUGAGUAUUACAAGAAGGACUUAGUACUGGCAAAGAACUUGCAAGAUCGCACCACUAUGGGCCGUGCCUAUUGCAACCUUGGCCUAGCUCAUCUGGCGCUCGGAAACCUGGAGUCGGCACUUGAGUGCCAAAAGUACUUCCUCGCUGUUUCUCAAGUGUCUCGAAAUGUUCAGGGUAAAUUUCGUGCUUUGGGAAACAUGGGAGACGUCUUGAUGAAGAUGAAAGACACGACUGAAGCAGUGAAGAUCUACCAGAAGCAGCUCCUGCUUGUUAGGCACACCAAUGACAGACCUCUAGAAGCCGCUGCCUAUGGUGCACUUGGCCUCUGCCACCGUCAGAUGCAGUGCUACGACAAGGCCUUGGGAUACCACACCCAGGAACUCACCAUUCAGCAGGAAUUGGGAGAUGUUCGUGGAGAGUGUCGUGCUCAUGGCCACUUGGGAGCAGUGCACUUAGCAUUGGGACACGCUGGCCAUGCAGCUCGUUGCUUCGCCGAACAACUGGAGCGUGCCAGGGAGUUGAGAGACUGUGCGUUGGAAGCGCAAGCUUUGGGCAACUUGGGUAUCGCCCGUCUAGGAAUGGCCCAUUUUGAGGAUGCCAUUGGUUACUUUGAGCAGCAGUUGGCACUCCUGGAACAGCUGGGUACCAACAUUGCAUUACUGGACAAAGGUAGAGCAUAUGGUAGCCUCGGAGACUGCUACGAUGCUCUAGGAGACUUUGAAGAGGCAGUGAAAUGCCACGAGCAGUACCUGAGUGUAGCACUGAAAGCUUCGUCGUCAAAAGACCAGGAAAGAGCUUACCGUGGCCUUGGAAACUCUUACCGGUGCCUAGGAAAUUUGCAGCAAGCAUUGGUUUGUCUCGAAAAACGACUCGUAGUUGCUUAUGAGCUUCCCGAAGGUGCAUCUAGUGGUAAGGCAGCUGCGUACGGUGAACUGGGCGCUCUUCACCGUGAGCUUGGGAACUACGAGCAAGCCCUAUCCUGUCUCGAACGUCAGAUGGGUCUGGCACAGGAUGACCGUGCAGCUCAAGGUCGGGCAGCUUCCGGACUUGGGGCAGUAUAUCAUGCCAUGGGAGCGUACGAUCGUGCCCUUCACUGGCAUCGAAUGGAUCUAGCCUUGGCUGAGGAAACUGGAGACAGGGCAGCACAAGGCCAUGCUUAUGGGAACCUUGGAAUGGCACACGAAUCUCUUGGAGACUAUGAGCAAGCAGUUGCUUGUCAGGAACAGCACCUAAGCAUAGCAGCCCAGAUUGGAGACAAAGUUGCCAAGGCACUUGCUUACAGCAGCUUAGGUCGUGUACAUCAUGCACUUGGAAAUGUGUCCCAGGCUGUGACUUAUCUACAGCAAGGACUGCAGAUAGCAGAACAGUUAGGCAGGCGUGAUGAGGAGGCAAAGAUCCGGCAUCGGCUGGGGUUGGCACUCUGGCUCGAGAAUGAUCUCGAAGGGGCGCAGCACCAUUUGCACCGUGCCGCCGACUUACUGGAGUCCCUUCGUAAUGAGGCACGAGGCUCGCCAAAAUAUAAAUCUUUACUGCACAACCUUCUGCUUACAGUCUACCAAGCACUACAGAGGGUGCUGGUGGCUCUAGGCAGGAAAGAAGAAGCAUUGCUGGCUGCUGAACGAAGUCGGACACGAACGUCUUCAGAUGUGGUCUUGGAGCGCCACACGAGAAGCACUGGCGCCUACAUACCAAAUACUGUGGAACAACUAGUGGACAUUGUCAACCGUCAGAAAGCAUCCUUGCUUUACUACAGCAUAGCAGCUGGGAAGCUUCUCACUUGGUUUCUGGUGCCGCACAAAGGUGUGGUUGGAUUCAGCGAGGAAACCAUCUGCGAUGGUGAAGAUGAAGCCAGCCUCCCUGAUAAGGAAGGAAAGCUACCCACUGGAGCUCCUGUGCUAAUGAACCACAUCAAUGGUCUCCGGGAAGCCCUCGGUGUGGACCAGACGCUGGCAGGAGCAGAGCAGGAUGGAGAUGACUUUUGGCAGAGCCACUGGGAAGAGGCUAGUGACAAAAUUGGCCAGGAUCCAGAGAGACAUGGGUUCAGCAGGCUUGGCAACCGUAACCACCUGUUGAACAGUUCGAACUACAGUCUGAGCAGUUUGUUUAGUGUUGGUAGUGUCAGCGUGACAUCGGGCCCAGCUAGCAGAGCUGGGAGCAUGAGAGCUCCUCGUCCUCACUGGCCAGGUCCGCCGUCGCUCCACGCCCUCUACCAGCUCCUCAUUGCACCAUGGGAAGAAGAAAUCACGCCAGGAACGAAAGACAUCCUGGUCAUCCCCGACGGUGACCUCUACCUCGUGCCGUUUGCAAUGCUACGUCUUGACGGAACAUCCGAAUACCUCUGCGAGCGGUUCAGCUUGACCGUCCUCCCAUCUUUAGCAGCACUGCGUGCAACCCAACGUGCCAAAGCAGCCAGGCAGCCACCAGGCAGCGAUCAGCUGAAUUCCCUCGUUGUUGGGAAUCCGCGGCUGACACCAGCAGUGAUGAAGUGGAUCGGAUGUGCGGACAUUCCACAAGCAGCGCAAGAGGCUGAGCUAGUUUCAGAGAUAGUCGGUGGUGAUGUCCUCAUGGGUGGGGAGGCAACAAAAGAAGCUGUUGUGAGCCGCCUUGUGCAGGCAGAAUGCGUUCAUCUGGCAACCCACGUGUCCUGGAAAACACCUGCCGUUGUGCUCGGAAGCGGGGGAGACUUCGCCGAAGAAGAGCACUCUGAAGAAGGUGAUGAAGAAGUGAAGCCUCCAUCUGGGUCUCUCCUGACGGCGGAAGAAGUGGCGGGAUUACGGCUCGUGGCUCGCCUUGUUGUGUUGAGUGCGUGCCACACCCGAUCCCAUCACGGGAAGGUAGACUCCAGUUCCUUGAUGGCACUGGCUGGAGCAUUUCUUACUGCUGGUGCUCACUGUGUGCUGGUUUCCCUCUGGCCUGUGCCCGAUACAGCAGUGAAAAUACUGCUGCGGACUUUCUACUCGUCACUAAUGCAGGGUUCUCGUGUGAGCACAGCGCUGAGAGAGGCCAUGUGCACGAUUCAGACAACAAAGCACUUUGGACAUCCUGCCAACUGGGCAAGCUUUUUGCUUCUGGGCGGUGAUGUGCACCUUUCAAACCAGGUGGUGCUCAUGGGCCAAGCGCUCGUUGAGUUGCUCAAGGCUCCUGAGAAGUGCCGCGACGCUCUUCGUGUGGUUCUACACUUGGUCGAGAAGUCAUUGCAGCGUAUUCAGAGGGGCCACAAAAAUGCAAUGUACACAACUCAGAAAUCCAUAGAAAGCAAGGUUGGCCCAAUUUCCGGCUGGAAAGAAUUGCUGAUGGCUGUGGGAUUCCGUUUUGAACCGGCAGCAAAUGGUCUGCCUGCUUCAGUUUUCUUCCCGCAGGCUGAUCCGGGAGAACGUCUUGUGCAAUGUAGCGCGAGCCUGCAAGCCUUACUUGGCCUGUCUGUGAUAUCACUGAGUGCCAUAUCAAAGCUGCUCUCGAGUCCAGAAUUUGCCGACGAUAUUAUUGAGCUGAUGCGGCAAGUCGUAGCACAGUUAGGCAAGACAGAACAAGAUAAUGUUGAGUGCCAUGUCAUCGUGAAACUCUGGAGCGUCCCUGGCUGCCAUGAACUUCUAGCUUCACUAGGUUUUGACCUCAUGGAAGUAGGGAAAGAUGAAGUCACCCUGCGAAUGGGAAAACAAGCAAAUCGCAGGUCAAUACAAUUCGCUUUGCAGGCACUGCUGGCAGUGUUUGACACUCAAGAAGCACCAAAGAGCUUGGAUAUUGAAGAGGGCAGCGACCUGGAUAGCCUAGACAGUGACAGCCACACAAACCCAUCGCCACCACCAGUUCCCAGUUUGGGUUUCCACGUCCCUUUUUCGCGUCCUGUUCUCGGACAAGGAAACGGCGCAUUUACGAACUACGUCCGCGCCAGAGGAGAACCCGACGGACGUACCGCUCCGUCUUCCGACCAGAAGGGGCGUGACAGUGACACCUUCACACCGAGCCCCGUCAUCCCGAAUGGGGCACCUUUCAUCGGCAAAUACAGGCCCACCCUGCACGCAUCAUCCUUGGGUAACCAGAAUCCCACCGUGUGUGGCCAGGAUAGUCCUCUGAUAGGUGACGCCAACGCAAAGAGACCGGACAGCUCAUCAUCAGCCAGUUCCGACUGGGACGUCGGACAGAUGACCGUGCGUCGCCAGAAUGCGCACUCGACCGCCACACUUUCUAUGUGUCUCGCUUCCGGGUUCGAGUCGCAGAGCAGUGAUUCCGAUAAGAACGACUUGCCUCUUAACAGGCAUCGCUUCAGCGUAGGGAUCUCUCGGCCCUUACCCCUCGCCCCUCCCCUGGUGGCGCCACGCUCCAGCCUCAUGGCUCCAUCGAAGCAGCCGAGGAGGAUAAGGGAGUUGCCAGGAGAGAACGGAGCUGUCGAUUUUGACACCGAGACGUUGUUGGAGUCUGCUUGUAAUAGCAGCUCUUCGCGGAAGGAGCGCCCCGUACAGGAGCUCUUGUCCCACCAGUUCAGACACUUUCCCCGAGCACCUCCGAUUUCAGAUGUGUAUCAUGAUCGUAACAUGGGACUGGAUAUUGCGCCUUCCCUGUCUAAAAUUUUGGCAGACGACGGUGGUAGAAUUCUCACGGAGAAAGAUUAUGCAGAUGACGUGGAGAGCAAAAAACUUUCUCCGCCACCCAUCAUGCGCAGGAAUAAGCCUCUGCCGCCGCCGCCACCGCCGCCGAAACAGCAAACCAGUUCCAAACCGCUUCGACCUAGUAAAGGUGUGCCGCCACUGCCAGACAACAUGCACGGGAUAAGUGACGGCAGUUUAGCCAUUCCGACAGUGGACGAAGAACAGUUUUCGGCUGCAUUACAGUUGAGUGAUAUAAGUGACAGAAGGAUUGGUGACAGAAGUGACAGCAGUGACGGAUCUUCGCACAACAGAGACACGGUGUCUACAGUAAGACGGAAACCAAAAGCACUUUCUGUUGACAACAGCACUGCAUCAGUUUCAGAGUGCUAAGUUUGUAAAAAGUUUGUAAAAUGUAGAGGCCUGAGGGCAUUAUGGGAGAUCGAAGUUACACAUAA